AGCCUUUUCAAGUUCGGGUACACUAGAGGGAACCAUUUGGGAAGGUUGCGGCAAUCCUUGAGCCAUAUCGCUGAUCAUCGUUCGGGAGAAACCCAUCACACCGGCGCAGCUAUCCCUCACAGUGCCCUUCAGUUUGUCUUGAACGAACAAGGAAGUGAAAGCAAUAAGCAGCUUCCUCCUCCAGUAUAUUCAGUCACGACAUCAGAGCGGUGGACCUAGAGCGCUGGCCUGCAGGGUGCUGUAGAUCUCACGGCAGCGCGCGUAUUUUGUUCCAUGGGAACGAGUCACAAAUAUGCGAAGUGUCCAGGAAGAAAAUCACGAAAUGAAACUAGGGUACUUCUCGCCGGUUUCUUUUUUCGUAAAUAGACACAAGACGCAAAUUCUACCCAGGACGACGGCUGCAGGGUUCGAACCUGCGCGGGCAGAGCCCAUUGGAUUUCAAGUCCAACUCCUUAACCACUCGGACAAACCGCCGGGUGUCAUGGCGUUAUAUCCGGGGGUUACUCUUCUAGGACGCCUUUCUGAGGAGAUGCGCUGGACAUAAAAUUAACGGAAUGGACACCGGGAAUCGUGGGAUGUUCCUUUGAUACAUUGGUACCUGUGGGAAGACGGUUCGAACCGAUAUGGCAUCUCCUACCUUCGGAUGCCCGAUCCAGUUUUUCCGGCAGUAGUGCUAUAUAUGUUGUGAGGUUGGACAAGCAACGCUGUCUUUCCCCUCGAAGUCAGUACAAACCACUCAGUUAGUGGGACAUGAAAAUCACUGCACUGAUGCACAGCGUCGUAUGAAUUCCUCCGUGAUUGCUAUCCAGUUUUAUCUAAGAGACAUUAGAGACGACCUGUUUCUGACACGGUUGGCAGUACAGGAAUUUCCCGCUGUGGUGAAAAAACGCCGUGCGUUCGUUUGCAUCACACGCCAUCAACCGCAGAGCACAGUUCUGGGUCCAAUCUCAAACUGCUGUCGCGCGAAACAGCCUUGUGCUUUGGGAGAAGACUUCUGCUGAGGUGGCGAUUUCCUAUGCAGUUCAUACAAUUACUGGCUAUGGUUCUAUUUACUUUUUUUUCUACACCCGGGCUACCCGUGGUGCCAGCCAUCAACAAAACGGAUCCCCUGUAUAUCAGUGACCGAAACGAGAGAAAUACGAGCGCGAUGUGGCGGGCGAAACAAAGCGGAAAAGUCCGCUAAUAUGUAUAACUGCGUUUUCCUCUCUAGCGGGUGCUUCGAAUUCCGAGGUGUCGCUCUUUGGUUCAGCCAGGCUCGGACGGGGUACAGGGGACGAGCACCGCAACAGAUUUCCUGGUUUGUGGUUCCAGAGCCCAGUAUCGCCUAGAAAGGGAUCUUUGGCACUAACUCCCUAUCCACUAUCUGCUGCAUCACUCUUACCGUAUCUUUACACGUACUAAACAAACUGGCAGCUACACUUCCCUUGAGCUGUCUCGCUUCGGUUUACUGUGAAAUAGGACACGGUCUCUACCCCUGCGAGUCGCUCAGCGAAAACGAGGCAAUUUUGAUUGUGGACAGAUGGAAAGAAUGUCCUGGAAUCUGGGACAUUAACAGAAAAAGCAGACAUGAAGUGUUCGGAGACUGGCGGCCUCCCACCAAGCCUCGAAAAUAAGCCGUGAAUUCCCUGCACCGUAGAGCCCUCGAUGUUUCGGGUAUAGGCAUGUGUCUAGGCACGGAGAAAGACGAGCCAUAGCUGGAAAGAAACAUUCUGUGUUUUCAGUAGCAUUCUCCUAAGAUAAAACGAUAUAUGAAAAUGGUAUGCUGGGAAGUAUGUUCAAUAGUGGAAGAGAAACGAACUCCCAGUGCAGUGUGCAGCAAGGAAGCAGCGCCCCCCUUGACGCCUCCUCUGUGGUGUUUCUGCCCCAAGGCACCCCUGCAGAUGUAACUGGCUUGUCCGCUUGUUAAACGGUAACGUUUGUCCUUCCUCUCUAUCCGGUCUUAUGCACAGCUACAACUGUGGCUUUUUCAUGUUUUAUCCGGUUUUUUAAGUCUGUGGAAGGGCCUCUCUGUUGGUUACCGAACCUACAGCGGACGAAGAACCUGCCCAGGACGAGGAGCUAGCAGAACGCCGAAAAUUCCGCAUCCGUUGUUGUUCGAAAUAUACAUGUCAGGUCAUGCGGAAGUCGCACAUCGUCGUGAGGCCGAGGUUGGUUUUACCGGCGCAAAACUGUCGCGAAGUCGUGGACUUUGUGUGAAGGGAGCCGGCCUUGUGGCACUUGACUGAGGAACUGUUUUGCUGUCGCUGCGAACGUUUCCUCGUGCGACCGCAUGUGUCGAUUCCUUCCGGCGGCAAAUUUGGUGAUUGUUUCCUCCCGUUGUUGCGUCGUUUCUCCUCCGUCUACUGCACCAAAAAGACUCUCUUCUCACACACUUUUCUGAGAUAGCUUCGCCCUGUCAAUGCCGUCUUCUCUCUGAAACCAGGCUCGAGCGUAGACACGAAACUGGAUCGGAGAGAAGCAGAGUUCAUUCCUCAAAACAUUAACAGAGGGAUAGCGUAAUUUCACAGGCUCCCGUCUACUCGCUCUCGAGAGCAGGACUUAGGAUCUGCUUCUGUAGGUACACCCCAAGGAAGACAGGGCUAGGGGCUAGGUGAUCCGAAACCCGGUGGAUUUGCGCAGUUCCUUCCUCGGCUCUUUCGAGGGUUUCGGUUUCGAGCACCUCCAUCCGUCGUAUUUUCCCUCCGUUUUUCUCGCCAUGUCAUCUCCGUCAAUUUUUUCCGAAGGUGGGGCGAGUGCACAGAGCGGAUUGGGGUCGUGUUCUGUAGAUGGCGCCUUUCUCGACGACGACGACGGGCUGCCGCCGCUCACGGUCUCGGAUAUUUCCCGGUUGUUUGACUCCCACAUAUCCUCGCCCCUUGCCGAGCAAGCGAGAAGAGUGCUUGCGACAGGCCGCUUGGAUGAGGCGCCGCCUGCUUCGGGCGUCUGCGCCGAGGAGUUCCCGGUGCCGUCCUCCCCGCUUCUUCGCCGCAUCGUCUGGCAGCGAUACCUCGGCCUCUUGGAAGGGGAGGAGGCAUCGGAGUGGGCUGCCCAGGUCGAAGUGAACAGGAAAAAGUAUUUCCAGUUGCGAGAGGAACAAAAGCUGAGCACCAAGAGGCUCACUGCGCUGGAUCCGCAGAAGUUCCACCCUCUCGCGGCGACAGCGGACAAUCCGUGGAGUCAGAAGCAGCAGAACGACAGCUUGAUGGAGGAAAUCUGGAAAGACGUCGAACGCACCUUUGCAGAUCGUGCACUGUUCUGUCGAGACGCUACACGGAAGGCUCUCCAGCGCAUCCUCUUCACCUGGAGCCGGCAGAAUCCGGAUGUGUCGUACAAGCAGGGAAUGAAUGAGCUCCUUGCGAUCUUGUUUCUCAUUUGCGUCAGAGAACAAGUGCCUGUUUUUUCUGCGGACACCCUCUCGGAAAAUGUGGCGACACACGUUCGUGUCCUGCUUUCCGCGGAGCCCACAGACAUCGAAGCCGACGCCUUCUCUCUCUUCAACGCCCUCAUGAACGAUUUCCUCAUGCGCGCCGCCUAUAUCCCUCCCCCGACUCCGCCGAAACCUGUUGCAUCUCCUAUGGUAAACAUUCUGGGCAAAGGACCGGGGGAGGCUCUAGGAGGGCUUGUGGGGGUAGCCUCUUCGGCCCCGCAGACGCAACAGUCCGCCGUUUUGUGGAGAUGCAGUCACAUCUUCCAUUCGCUUCUGCGGAAGAGCGACACCGCGCUCUACGAUCACCUCGUCGAGAUGGACGUCCAGCCGCAGCUCUUCCUUCUGCGCUGGCUCCGACUCCUCUUCAGUCGAGAGUUCCACGUUCAAGACACGAUCUUCAUCUGGGAUGCGAUCUUUGCGGAUGCCUACCUCCGCAACGGAAUUGCUCCGUCCUCUUCGAACUCGAAGUCUUCCUUGAAUUCCACUCCUUCCUCAACUGCUGUCCUUUCUGCUCCCUCUCCCAGUUGCUCUGGCGUUUCUCUCACACAAGGCACAGAUCUCAUGAGCAGCAGUCGCUUGUCGGCCGCCUGCGGCACUUCGCCGCUCGGCCAAGGGUCGUCCUCCAGCCCUUCGUAUGUCCCUGAGAAACUGGGAGCUGCUGCUUCUUCACGUCUCCCGCUAACGGAUUUCUUUGCUCUUGCCAUGCUCAUGUUUGUUCGAGAGAAUCUCUUGGCCAGCGACGAGACGUCGUGUCUCCGUCGUCUGCUCAAGUUCCCCCCCAUUGAGUCUCUGCAGUCUCUCAUUCUCCUCGCCCUGUCCCUGCGCACCCCGCAGAAGCCCCGAGGGAAUGCUCUCUCCAAGCGACAUAGUGCUGCCUCUUCCUCCCGUCCAGCGUCUUUUCUUGAAGACGAGUCGCACAAGUCCCCACCGCAGCGCAUCUCGCCUGCGUCCUUCGAGGAAGGAAGAGAGACACGCACACAUGGAAGCGGACUGCAGAAGGGAUCUCACAGUCUCCCUUCUCCUAUACGCAUUCGUCACUCACCGUCGUCAGAGGCUCCUCACUCCUUUUCUGCCUCCAGUCCUGUGCCUUCUUUCAACGCUCGUGCAUUGCCCCCAGCUCGCGGGGACCUCUACCACGUUACGACCCCUCAAGUGGAAACUGCAUGCCCUCCUCUGAUAGCUGGCCACGGAGUCGUGCCUCACCACCUGCACCAGACUCAGGCGAAGCGACAGCCGAGCCCAGGACGCGAAGAAGGAGGGCGUUCAGAAAACAGUGCUCUCCCACGCGUCGCGGUCGCAGUAGGACAGAGAGCCGAAACAAACAUCGGCGAAAAUACCGUCGAUGGACUGUCGCUCGGCCGCCAUGUGGAGGAUAUUGUGGCAACGCUCAAGGCGGCAGCUCUCUCAGAGGCAGCCGUGGAAGCCGGUGGAAUCCAGAGUGGACGGCCCUCUUCGUCAGCUUCCUGCCCUUUGGGUUCUCGACCCUUCACCCAGCUUGCACUGUCUUCCGCAAUCUCUCGCUUAAGCCUUCUGCAGCGAAUGCUGGUCGGCGAGUUGCCGUACAGCCCGUCUCUGUUCAUGGUAGAAGAGGAAGCGUUCACGUCUGCUUCUUCGCCUGUGAGGACGCUGGCAGCAACGGAGAGACCCUCACAGUUUUCUCGGGCCUCUCAGCUUCCUUCAGGGGCCACGUCUGGAAAUACCCCGGAUGGUUGCGUCUUUGAUGAGGAAAGAAGGCUGCAGUAUUCUGUGGCUCGCGCCGAAAGGCAGCAUUCUGAAAAAAGAAUAGACGCAGAACGAACAGACAGCGAGGAAAUCAGAAUCAUGCAUGAUGAAGGUUUCUUUGGUGGCAGAGAUGGAGGCCAAGAAGCUGAAGUCCGAAUGUAUGACAAGCAUGGAAUACGCGAGAUUGACACCCGCGUAACGCGUGGGAGAAAUGGACAGGAGGACAAAGAAAAAAAAGGCACAUCUUUCUUCUCCCCUUCGUCUCUACCUGUCGUUGGAGACUCCAGUUUUGCACGUUCUAACCACCAGCACAACUUAGGCUAUUCGCGAGACGAUGGUGUGGAGGUAGGCUCACAUGAUGGACGAGGUUCCGGAGGUAUGCGGGCAACUGUUCUAUAGAACAGGGGCGAGAGGAAAGAAAAAAGACAGUGAGCGUCCGUAAUGCUACGGCACACAAAACAGGAAGAGGGCGUAUAACCGGAUGUGCAACGACAGGAGCAGUCAAAAGAGGUGGUGGAGACACAGAGAGACUGGCAACGGCGAGCGGGGAUGCCUAGCGAUGCAUCAGCAUGAUAAGGGGCUAGUAUUUCAAGAAAAACUAUAAAAAGACGGGUGGAAAGACGAGAUUUGAAGUCGCAAAGUUCAAAUGCCCUUGUAUCUGUGCCACUCAGUCGUUUUCUUGAAACUAUGUUCGACACGGCAUUGUUUUGCGGAAUUCUUCCUCUUUUACUUCCUAUUCGCUUCUACGCCGUCUCCAGCUUGUGUCGUUCUAUAUGACGCGAUUGUACGCUUGGCGCUUGUAAGCGGGAUCUCUACUCACUCUCCGUCUACUACCUGUGAAGACUCUUGCCAGAUACAGUAAUUGCAGACUGUGGUGAAGCCCGUUGGCGGGACGAAUCCAACAGGGACAGGCGAUAAUGAUGAAAGCACGUCGUAAAAAACGGGUGUUUGUGGGUAAGGGUCAAGCUGCUUCACUGCCACCAUCCUGGGGGCGACGUACGAAAUCUAAUUUUUCGACUCGUUGCUAUUAGCCGAGAAAGGACGAGGGAACGGGAAACUGAAACAUAAAACGCAGAAAAGAGAGUUUGCCCGUGGUCGGCAAGAAUGGCUAGUCUGACAUUCCAAGUUGUAGCUCCAGUGUACCGAAACGGACGCUCAGCGUUCUGGCGGUAUAUUAUUUUUUAGAUGUGCCACUCCAAAGCGAAAGAGAAAUGAAGAAACACUACGGUUGAAAAUACGAAAAGUCGGGCGUAUGGUUAUCCGUUUUCCACAAAAAGUGCAACAGGCGCGCUUGAUGGUCUUUCCUUUGGAAGAGAAUGAGGCUAGCACUGCCAGUGGUGUGAAUAUAUUAUCUGGAAGGCUAGAGUAUGAAUAGACUAGGAAGUUAUAGCCGCAUCAACCUAUUUCUUCUAGAGGCAACAGCUCAUCGAUGUACUCGAAACAAGGCAGGACAGAUGUGUGUGUAUAUCGAUGGGAUUUUUGUGGAUGUUUACUGGGAAAACUACCUCCUACCCAACCGAUGUGCAUACUAGCCCCUCACCGCGAUUCUAAGGUGGCGGUGACAGUCUGAGUCAUGUUUUGAAGAGGCUGGGUGGAAAGAAGCAAAUUAGCCGUGAAAAGAGUUGUCCCCUCUCGUUCUAACUUCACGACGAAAGGCACCUCGCGUGAAAGUCGCAGAUGCACGCACUCUGAAUUGCAGAACGACAAGAUAUGUGAUCAACAGUGGGCAAAACGGAGCUGCUGCCUACCGCUUCAGUUCUCAUUCGGUUUGUCUGUGGGGAUGGCACCAGCCAGUCGAAAAAUGCCAGGCACAAUUGCUACGUGCCAAUAAGAGAACUGGCUUGUAGCACACCUUAUGAACGAGUGCAGCAGAUCGGGAACGAGGAAGAGUCACAAUUAAUACACAUAUGCAGCCCAGGGACAAAAGGAAAUCCCCAAGGCACGGCGAGGGCGCAAGGUUGGCGAUGCUGACGUACGGAAUCCGGAUUGGGGUUGCGCUUUGAUGCAGGUACAGGGGUCGAAAGAGUGGAUCAUUCCGACUAGUACUGUAAAUAUGAGCAACAACUUUUUCGGUCUUGCGUGAAAAGUGUCAGUGCUUGCGUCAGUCUGGACCCCUGUGGUCGCUUGGAUGGUUUAGGCUGAAGAGGCCUGCCAAGAAAAAUACACUCAUAUCGAUGCUCCGAUGUCGACUGUCCCGUCGUCAUAGCUUGCUGGGACCCAGGGGCGGCCAUCCGUUACAAUGCAGC